AUGAUAACGAUAGCGGAAAUCCCUAGAAAGGGACUCUUGGAGACUGAGGACUUUGAGUCGGUGGUGGUGUCUGCUGCAGCCUCCAGGCCAUCAGAAACCUUUGAAAUGCUUAUCAGACAGGCUGAGAAUUAUACAAGCAUACUUUUCUGCAACACAUACAGAAACAUGGCUGUCGAGGCUGCUACGGCCGUUCAAGAGUUUUUUACGGAUGUGGGACUCUUUGUAUUUGGCAUAGACAUUAGUACAGAAGAACUGGUGAACAGAUUUUUUGACACCCUGUUCCCACUAGUCUAUAAUCAUCUGAUUAAUCCUGGUCUGACUGACAUUUCACUGGAAUAUUCAGAAUGCAUUCGAAUGUCACAAAGAGAUAUCAGUCCUUUUGGUAAUGUUCCAAAAGUAGUCAUGGGACAAAUGGGGAGAUCAUUGUUAUCCACUCGUACUUUCUUGCAGGCCCUCAAUUUAGGGAUUGAAGUGAUCAAUACAACAGAUCAUUUGCAGUUCUCUAAAGACUGUAGCAGAGCCUUACUACGAAUGCAAUAUUGCCCCCACUGCCAAGGAAUGACUUUAAGUAAGCCAUGUAUGGGGUACUGCCUGAAUGUAAUUAGAGGCUGCUUGGCUAACAUGGCAGAAAUUGACCUUCACUGGCGGAGAUAUAUUCAGUCAUUGGAAGAGUUAUCCAGUACAAUGCAUGGGACAUAUGACAUUGAGCACGUACUUCUGAACUUUCACUCACUUGUUAAUGAUGCUCUGACACACGCUAGUAUCAAUGGACCAAAAGUAACUGAACAGGUAAACAAGAUAUGUGGUCAUCCUGUGAGAGAGCCAACAUUGUCCCCGGGUUAUUCUGAUCAGAACAAAGAUAAUCAACGGAUGAAGAUGUCUGCAAGAGACAAUGAAGAAACACUGGCCAACAGAAGAAAAGAAUUUAUGAAAAGUCUACGGCUGUACAAGACAUUCUAUGGAGGCCUGGCUGAUCAGCUGUGUAUCAAUGAGUUAGCAGCUGCUGAUGGGCUAGCAUGUUGGAAUGGUGAAGAUGUUGUUAAAAGCUAUACCCACCGUGUGGUUGGCAAUGGAAUCAAAGCUCAGUCUGCGAAUCCAGAAGUAAAAGUGAAAGGAACAGAUCCUGUUAUAAAUCAAAUUAUUGAUAAACUGAAACACAUUAUCCAGCGAUUACAGGGCAAAUCAUUUCCUAAACAUGAGAAGUGGGGUCUACUACAAAUGGGAAGUGGUGGAAGUAUGGAUGAACAAGUCAGUGGAGACUGUGAUGAUGAGGAUGGUUGUGGAGGAUCAGGAAGCGGGGAAGUGAAGAGAAUUCUGCAAUUUACUGACUGGAUGCCAGACAAGACAAACCUCAGUGACGUAAAGCAAAUCCAUCAAACAGAUGGUGGCAGCACUUUAGACACAACUGGAGCAGGAUCUACAGGAAUGGCUGCUUAUAUGACAUUUACGUUGAUUAGUGUGGUAACAUUACUUUUCAGUCUUUGGUAAAUGUGCAGCUCUGUCUUGAUAUAAGCAUCUCUUUUCAGUCUGUUUGUUCCUCCGCACAAGCCUGGAAUAAGAGAUUAAACAUAGCAAUAUUUAUGGUAGCCUGAUCCUAGGUCUAGGUAUUGACAAAAUUGUUUGCUUGUGUAAUAUAUUUCGUAGGUUUUUUUUACACCUGUAUAAUUAAGCAAAAUCAUAUUUCUUUUUAGAAUAUUAUGUUACAGAUAUAAUAGCAGUAUGUUGAACUUGCUGAAUUCUGAACUACCAUUAAAAAAGAGAAACCUGAUUUAAUUUCUCAGCAUUUUUGUACUUGAAAAUCCUGUCUCCUUUCUGUUUACAGAAAAAUGCCCCCUAUAAGACUUAAAAACUAGAAUUUGUACAUCUCAUGAGUAAAUGGGUGAAAUUUUAAGUCUAAACUAUUUUCUGUGAAAAAUGAAGAUUAUACAACCCUGAAACAUUCUGCAAAUUUAUGUUAGUUUUGGUGAAUUGUUCAUGUCUAAAAACAAACAAAAGUCAAAAAAGUCAAUAAUUUCAUUUUCCCCUUUGCAAAACAAAACAUUUAGAUUUUUU